AGUUUUUGGUGUGAAGUAUAGUAGAGUGGUGUGUUGCUUUUUUAUUCGUAUUGUGUUGGUUUGGUGGGAGAGAGUGAGAGAGAGAGGUGGGUACUGAAUUCCAAAACUCUUUUGUAUUCAGAGUUUGAACGCACAAAGAAAAUACAAAGAAGAAGAUCACAGUUCCAAUUCCAAUUCCUUUGGAUCUCUCGCAAACAUGAGCAGUGGGGAGCUUCUCAACAUCGAACCUCUGGAACUCAAGUUCCCUUUUGAGCUCAAGAAGCAGAUCUCCUCUUCUCUUCAAUUGUCUAAUAAGACCGAUAGCUAUGUAGCCUUCAAGGUGAAAACGACCAAUCCCAGGAAGUAUUGUGUUCGGCCCAACACUGGAAUUGUCAUGCCACGAUCUACAUGUGAUGUUAUGGUUACCAUGCAAGCGCAGAAAGAAGCUCCGGCUGAUAUGCAAUGCAGGGAUAAGUUUCUUCUUCAGAGUGUAAAAACUGUGGAUGGUACCAGUUCGAAGGAUAUCACUGCAGAGAUGUUCAACAAGGAGGCGGGGCAUGUGGUUGAGGAGUGCAAAUUGAGAGUGUUAUAUGUUUCUCCACCUCAACCACCGUCUCCAGUCCCAGAAGGUUCUGAGGAAGGAUCCUCACCAAGAGGUUCUGUUUCAGAGAAUGGAAAUGCCAAUGGUUCCGACUUCAUGCAGGCACCAAGAGGAUUUACUGAACGACCAGAGGCUCAAGACCAAUCUGCUGAGGCUAGAGCUCUUAUCUCAAGGCUGACUGAAGAAAAGAAUAACACAAUUCUACAAAAUAACAAGCUCCGCCAGGAACUGGAGCAACUGAAGCGGGAAAGCAACAAAAAUCGCGGUGGAGUCUCAUUUGUCGUUGUCGUAUUAAUUGGCUUAAUUGGCAUAAUUAUGGGGUAUCUCAUGAAGUAGACCUAAGCAUUUAUGAGAUUUGAUCUUUCAACAUAGUUUUCGAUCUUAGUUUAUUUGUUCCUGACUAUUCAAGCAAUUGUGAGGAAAGUUAAAAUAGAUCAAUUCAACAGAUGUUGGUUUUUAUUUUUAUUUUUCCCUGGCUCUUUUCUUUUUCUUUUUCUUUUUUCCUCUUCUUUUUUUGGGGUGGAUAAUAUUUUGGUAGAAAACAUUGGGGGAAAUUGUGGGUCUGUGGUUACUCAUUGUGAACUGACUCAUACUUUCGGUAACAUGCAUUCUUUUUGUAACUUAAAUAGGGGAAGCUCCUUGUUUCU